GGUUACUCAUAAUCUUUCCGGUUUUCCUUUUUGGCCACCAUUACGCCACCGGAUAACAGAACAUUGCUAAAAGUCUAAAACCCUACUGGUACUCCACUCCCCCUCAUCCAGUAUGACAAUGGUGCUAAGAAGAGGAGCGACGAUGACCCUCACCUUCCUAUUCCAAACUCCUCCUCCUUCUCUUUAUCUCUCCCACACUUCUCUCUCCAUUCCCACAACAACCGUCACCCCUUCUCGUCUCUCUCUCCGACACUCUUCAAUUCCCGCUUCCAAAACCCUAACCCCCUCUCUCCCCCCUCCCGAGAAACCCCUCUUAUUCAUCCCACCAGGAGUCGAACCCACCGAAAUCAACGACUCCAUGAUUCUCCCCUUCUCCAACAUCGUCGUCGGACCCUACGCCGGCGAUUCUCGAAUCAAGGAUGUCCAAUUCGUUAAGAGUAGUCCCCGCGCCAAAGAUUGCCCUAAAGAUACCCGACCGGAGUUCGCUAUUCUCGGUCGUUCUAAUGUUGGUAAAUCUUCUCUCAUCAAUUCUCUUGUUCGUAAGAAAGAACUUGCUCUCACCUCUAAGAAACCAGGGAAGACACAGCUUAUUAAUCACUUCUUGGUCAACAAAAGCUGGUACCUUGUGGAUUUACCUGGUUAUGGCUUUGCUAAAGCAUCUGAAUCGGCUAAAACAGACUGGUCCUCGUUUACAAAAGGUUACUUUUUAAACAGAAAUACUCUAGUGUCUGUCUUGCUUCUCAUCGAUGCAAGUGUUCCGCCUCAAAGGAUUGACUUCGAUUGUGCGAAUUGGCUUGGACGCAACAAUAUACCAAUUACCUUUGUUUUCACAAAAUGUGAUAAAAUGAAGGCGGCGAAGGGAAAGCGGCCUGAUGAAAACAUAAAAGAAUUUCAAGAGAUAAUUAAACAAAACUACAAACAACAUCCCCCGUGGAUUAUGACCAGCGGCGUCACUGGAUUAGGCAGAGAUGAGCUUCUCUUGCAUGUAUCUCAGCUAAGAAACUACUGGGAUCAAUAAGAGAGCAGCUUAAAACUAAGCAGGAUGUGAAUAUCUGUAAGAGAAUUCCAUGCAGGAGUAAAGUUGAAAUUACCAAAGAUACAAUCACAUAGAAGAGUCAUGUGAAAAAAGGAUAUGGGUUGAUUUGUAUUUCAGCUGAAUCGUUGUUCGACUCUGACCACAACCUGAUAUAUAUGGUAUCUAAAUCUUACACGUGGACUUUUAAAUACUGAAAUUUACAUGCUGUCAUGUUGUUGUUGUCCGCAUACGGGAGUAAUACAGCAUAAGAAAUAUCAUAUGCCUUCAACAGUGAAUUUUAUAAUUUAAUCUGUUUUGAUUCUAGAGUACAUAUUUCUGCAUAGCAUUCCCUGGCUUUUGUUUGCUGGACGAGAAGGAAACCUGUGCAAUACUUGGACAUUAUUGAUGUUUUGUUGUAUUUAAUAGUUUACCACCAUUAUUGAUAAGACCACUUUUUGUUGCUUAA